CUCCGGUGAAAGGCUGCGUGAGCAGCAGGUCCGGCGAUUCCUGCGUCUUUCGCCAGUCGUAACCGCGCCGUUCGUGAAGCCGCGUCAGCGCUUUUCACUUUCCACCCGGAGGAGUCUUCGCGAGAUUCUGAAAGAGUAUACAGAUAUAGUAAGUGUUUGUCCGAGCCGCGCCGCAAAAGAGACAACCAGGUGUAAGAAAAGGAGAAGAUCUAAGCUCUCGCUACUACUAAGAGAGAUCUUCUCGACAUGUGAUGUAACCAUAAAGUACCGUUUAUUGCUUACUAUCUUUACUAUAACUAAACUAUCCAGGUAGCUGUGUGUGUGGUUUUGUAUUUUAAUCCGAUAAAAAAAAAUUAAUCGGGGAAGAACACAAGUUUAAUCAAAAAUAAAUAAAUAAUCUUAAAUAAUAAUUUGAAUUUUUGUGGAAAAGAACAAAAAAAAACUUUUGGUGUCGCGGAGCUUUUCGUUUAGUUUCCGGACAUGUUUUCCUUGGGGAAAACCGUUUUCUAUACAUGUCUUUUCUGGUUGAUGUGUGUGGGAGUGGAAUCACAAGAUUCAAACUACUUCUUCACCGAUCAACAACCGCGCUUCCUACAGAAUUUUCCCACCCAGGACGAUUUCGGGAAUCAAGACGUCACGCACUUUCGCCCGUCGGAAACCUUUCGGCCUUUCGACUCGUUCCUCCAACAACCUGACCUGCAAACUUCCGAUUUGCCGCCACAUUUACAACAAACAUUACCCCAAUAUCGAUUUUCUGGAUUACCUUUAACCACAAAAGAACCAUCCGGAUUUAAACUCACCACCAGCAACAAUAACUAUCAAGAAAGUUCAAAAAACAUCCCACCUUCAACACAUCGACCGAACUAUUCCCACAUUUUUAAGAAUCGCGAUCCAAAAACGGAAACUUUUUUGGGGCAAAUAACUGUGGAUAGCCCGGCGGAGUUGCCGCCGGAAUUUAAUCGAUUCAAAUCGGUUCUUGGAUUUCAAAGAACCCCGCCGCCUCCAGCUGAGUGGUCGCCGAAACCAAAGUAUAUAAAUAGCCAAGAAAAUAACGUUAAUCAAAAUUUGGAUUUUGGGGCUAGAUCGAAUUCGGUGAGUUUUGGAAAACCCACGCGAAGCACAUUUUUAAAUCAUCGCACAAGAAUAUUUGCCCCAUCUAACGAAGAAAUUAAAAAACCCAUAGCUAAAGAUUAUUUUAUUACUGAUGGCGGGGAUGUUGUUAAUGCCAAAAAUGAACAUGAUAAAGCAACAACAACUGAAGGAGCUUUUGAAUUUGUUAAAAUUACAAAUGGGGAUCGCACCACGACGGAAUCAAAUUUAGAAUCUUUACUUGAAGAACCAAUUAAUAGUAAAGAAUCCUCGAAGCAUGGAAAACAAGAUGUCCAAGUUAUCCAAUCGGUUACCGUACCUCCAGAUCAAUUGUAUACGUUGCCACAAGAAGAUUACGAAGAGGAGUUAUCUAGCGAGGAUUACGAGGAGUAUGAAACGAACACUAACGAACCAAUUUCGAAUAAAACUUCGACCGUAAAUAUAAAUGAAGUGAAUAAGCAGCAUGAGAUAACAGAAAACGAAGAAAAAAAUAAUAACAGUAUUAACAUAACAAAGAAAGAUCAAUCAAAUGAGACUAAUCAUGAUGAUUUAGCCCCAACUAAGAAAUUGGAGGAGGAUUAUGAAUACGAAGAUUAUCAAGAAACGGAAGAUUCAACCGAAGAAAUCAAAAAGGAUUACGACAAUGAAACGAAAACAAAUCCCCAAGAAACUACAACGAUGAUGAUUCAAGAAACCACCGUGAAAAAUGAUGAUCAAAAUAAUUCUUCUUUGGAAGCUCAAGAAGAAAUCACGACAAAUUCUCCAACAGAAUCACCGCUAAAUAAAUCUUUAAAAGAAACUGAAGAAAUUACAUCGGAUGCCCAAGAGGAAAUAAGCGCGGAAAAUAAUUUAAACGACCAUGUUGAAGAUGAAGAGGAAUACGAGGAUGAUGGUGGUAAAGAAGAUUUAAAUGAAAUUCCCGAUCCAAAUAUCAAUAAAACCUUCGAAGUCAUUACGAUGAAACCCCCCAUAAAAAAUGAAACCGAAAAGAAUGAGUUUAAAGAUUUCACGGAUUCAGACAGCAUCGAUACAACCGAUCCAUCUCAUUUGAGCACAAAUUCAAAUGAAGAAACUCAAAUAAGCGAGACAAAACCGGGCUUGAAUAAUGAAAGUGUUGUUUCAGUCUCUGUUGUAACAACAAAAAGUGUUAUAAAUAACACGAUAAUUGGAACGGUAACUCCGCUUCCGAUGACUACGCAACAAAUGAUGGUGCAAAGCGAAAAUAGUACGGAUUCUUGGAUCGUAAUUGCUUCCGUGCAAACGAGUCGGAGUGUUUCGGGAGCUAGAUAUAUUCCAUCUGGAAUUGUUGAACAACAAGAAAGAAAAACUUUAAUUAAUGGGAAGGAUCGAGGGCUUCUCGAACCUGAUAACGAUGACAUAACAACGGUGAAAUCAUCAACGGAGAGCUUAAUCGAUAAAUUAGAUCGGGUUCAAUCAGAUUUAUCGAGUAAAUAUUUACCGAGCCAAUUCAAAAAUGAUGAUAAUAAUUAUAUUAUUAGUAACGGAAAAGAUGAUGACAUGUUGGUUGUUGAAACCACAUCAAUUCCCUCAACAACUUCAACAACCUCAACAACAAUAAGAACUACGAGUCUUCCUCCAGUUAAAAUAAGAAAAUUCUCCCCAGCGGCGAGACCAACAACUGUUAAACCAAAGCGGAUUUACCCAAAACCAACUCCAAGAACCACAGAAUCACCGAAAAUUGAGUUUGAGCUGCCGCAAGGUGAUCAACCUUUCCAACAAAAUGGCACAACCGGGAGGUCAUCUGGUUCGCAAGGUAAAAUUACCGUUCAAGAUAUUUCCUCGUUGCUACCGGAAGGAUAUAAACCGCCUCCAUCCAAAGAAACCCAACAAACUGGUUCAAAAUUACUCGAAGAAUUAUUAAGCAAGGUUAAAAUUCAAGAUCCAAGUGCUUUAUUACCGCCCGGUUAUAAAGAAAAUGCCACCUCAUUAUUACCACCGGGAUACAAAAUUGAAUCAAUUAAAACAACUAAAACUGAGGUUACAACCGAAAAAUUAAAAACAACAACUAAAAAAUCAAAAGUUGAUGAGUUAUUUAAAAACACCGUUUCAACCGAUGUUAGUCACUUCUUACCGAAAGGAUAUAAACCGGAUGAAAAUAAAGAAACGGAAACUAAUAGUAAAGGUAAAACCCAAAUUUUCGAAGAAGAUAUUUCGAAAUUCCUCCCACCUGGAUAUUCGAGUAAAACUACAUCAAAACCGCGCGUAAUGAACACCCCGGAAGCAAGCCAAAAUAAAACUCAACCCAAAUCGAAAGAUAUCUCGACACUUUUUGAUGACGCUAAAAGUGAUGAUUUAUCGAAAUUCCUUCCACCUGACUUUAAAUUUAAAUUUAAUCGAAAAUUUUCAACCACAUCCACAACUGAAUCUCCAUCAACUUCGCUUAUUACAUCUACAUCAUCAUCGCCUACUUCUUCUUCACCAUCUACUUCGCCUUCUUCGAACAAUUUCAAAGUGGUGUUUCCAAGUAGACCAGGUCAAAAUCGUAAAACAACUCGAUCGACAACGCCAAAAUCGCCUGAAAAGAAUGAGUCUGUGCCGCCGACGGUUCCGUCGAUACAAAAAGGGUGGCCAUCGAGGGCGACGACGGAAUUUACCGGGUGGCCUACACCAUCGACUACUCCUAUUUCUAUCGAGAAAUUGUUGGCUGCCGCUAAAGAUUUGGCGUCGUCUUCUACGACGGAAACAGAAACGAGUUCGACGUCCACAACGACUACGACAACGACAACCACAACCACUACUAUUAAACCGACCACCCCCGGAAUUUGCAAUGAUGAUUGCGAACUUGGUGGAACCAUUAAGCUGGUUGGUGGGGCUCAAUGGGUUCCGGAAUUAUUGGAUAGGAAUACGAAGGAGUGGCAAAUUUUAGCUAAUGAAGUUGAAUCGCAGUUGGAUCGAGUUUAUAGUAAAUCCAACGUACUAAAUAAAUGGUAUACGAAAAUUCGUAUCGAUGGUUUCAGCGAAGGAAGCGUUUUAGUCGAUUACGUCGUCGUUUUGAACGAUAUAGGGAGAGAGAUAAAUACCCAGGAGUUAAAGAAAAUCUUCCACGACUCAUUGGAUGAUGGAUUAAGAACCUCCAAUAGAGAACCGAAAUCGACCGAUUUGAACGAUUCCGAUAAAGACGAUCGAUUAACUUUAGGAGACUUUAUUGUUGAUCCAAAAUACACCGAUUUUAUCGUAUUACCACCUAUCGUUGUACCAACUGUUGGAUACGCCGAAGACGAUGUUUUGCUUCCUCAAUGGGCUAUUGCAGUGAUUGUAAUUGGAUUAGCUUCUUUAUUGUUUGUAAUCAUCUUUGGAGUCACUGUUCUGGUUAAUCGACAAAAAAAUAACAAGAAGAAACAACCAAUUCCGCUAACUGAAGAUAUGAUUAACGAACUAAAUAAAAAUCACAUGGGUGGAAUAGAUAAUUAUGGAGCUGAUGAUUUAUAUAACAUGGAAGACGUUUGGAAUGACAGACCCUACGACACAAAGCCCAAGAAGAGAUCAUCAGGGUCGAUUCACGAUAAUAGCAUGUCGAAUCUAUACGAUAGCUGGCGUUCGGAAUGGAAUGGAUAUUAUUACAACGCUUAUUACGCGAAUAAUCCAGGAAGUAGUCGUAGAAGAUCCGAUUACGAUACGAAUUUUUAAAAUUAAAAAAUAACGAGACAAAUCUAUAAAUGUAAUUAAAAAAAUAAAAAAAAAAUAGAAGCUCUUUUUCCCGAACAGUUAUUGGCUAUAGGCGCUGUACUUUCUAGUCAAACAGCCGACUGUAAAACGAUGAAAUGUCGUUGUUAACCGGCUGUGAAUGAAGAUGAGUAAAAGGAAA